AUGUCUGUCAACAACAGCUAUCGUUUGAUGAACCCUUGUUUCUUUGUGUACGUCUCCUUUAGAGUCUGUGCCGACACAUGUCUGUGGACCCUGUUGCCUAGGUCCCUUGACCUUUCACAAGGAGGCCUAAGGGAGCAGUUGGUGAGUUUGCACCAGGGGGCCAGGAGGGCAGACAGGACUGCAACCACCUUCAGAUACGGGCUGGUGUUCAGCAGCCGCCCAGUACGAAUCCAAGAGAGAGUGAUCCUGCGAGUGGAGCGGUGUGUUCUGAACUGGCAAGGGGCCAUGCGUGUAGGCUUCACUACUAUGCCUCCAAUGGGCAGAUCCCUGCCUUCUCUGGCUAUUCCAGACCUCACGGACACCCCUGGACACUGGGCUGCUCCUGUGCCAGAGAUUUGCUGUCUGGCAGGCUCAGAGCUCGAGUUCUGGGUUUCCCGUGGUGGUAACGUAUAUUUCAGAACAGCCAAUGGCCAAAAACAAAGACUGCUGGAGGGAGUGGACCUCAGUCGGCCCCUGUGGUUCAUGAUUGAUGUAUAUGGGCAGACCUGCACUGUGGUCUUACUACGUUCCGAAAAGAAAUGCUUUUUUUGGAAACGAAAGUCCUGUCCUGCUCCUCAAUGGAAUACCUCCUGUCAUACUUGCCAGAGACAAACUUUGUCCAAUGCAUACAACCUUGUGAAUGUGAACCGGAUUCGUGAUGAUGGCCAUGACAAAAGAAUUUCACCAUGUGUAGCCAAAACACUGACAUCAGACUGCGAGAACAUGGAGGACUGCGAGAACAUGGAGGACUGCGAGAACAUGGAGGACUGCGAGAACAUGGAGGACUGCGAGAACAUGGAGGACUGUGCGGUGUGUCUGAGCCAGGAUGCCUGUAUCCGUCUCCAGUGUGGCCACAAAUGCCUGUGUCUCCAGUGUUCCACCAGAGUGAUGCAAGAAUUUGGAACUUGCCCUCUUUGUCGUCAGAACAUCAGGAGCCUUGUGCAAACGAAACGACCCUUGAAGAGACCGUCACACGACAAACUGAUUCGAUUAUAUUGUCACCGGUGAGUGGCGCCACUGUAUCUUGUGAACCUUGAAAUGUUUGCAAAGAAGAGGAAGAAAUGACAAGUGCACAAAUAUCUACCGGGAAGGUAAUGGAUGUGACCUGCCAGAUAUGUCACUACUGAAAUGAAGUGCACAAACUAAAUUGAACGUUUAAUAUUUUUCUUACAGAAGUAGGAAAUAUAUUUUUUCUGCACACGCACUUUACUUGACUGUGAUUUAUUCCUUGUAAAAGAAGGACAUUCUGGUGACAUACUGUUGUGCUAACUAAUUAACUGAGUAGAAUGUGCUGUACUACUACUGAGUUUUGGAGAUCCUAACUUUUUGUUAGUUAAUGUAUGCAUUAACUGUAGGUCACUUUGGAUAAGAGCAUUUGCUAAAUGAAUAUGUAACAUGAGCUGUUUUAAGAAUUAACAGAUUAUUGCUGCCUCUUACAAUGUAUUUUAACUGAAACUGUAUUUAUAUUUUUUACGUUUUGUACUGUUUAGACAAUGUAGAAUUAAAUUCAUGUGUUUUAUGAUUAAUAAAAACCAUGAACAUAA